ACAAGCCAGAUGGCUGCAAUUGGUAGGCGUGCAGGCUGCCUGGUGCUACAGUUGAUGAAACAGAAUAGGAAGACCUUUUAUGAUCAGCUGCUGGAGCCCAGUAAGACUACAGCUUUGCUAGCAAAAAAGAUUCCAGCAGCUUGAGCUAGUCUGCUCACAGCCAGUCAGGGACAGUUGCCAACAGAAAACAAACUGGUUGGGCUGGCCCAACAAGGUGUGCUUUCAAGAUGUAUGGGCACACACAGUGAUGUCACUAUGAAUACUGCACCUUUCAUCAGUAUCGUAUUGCAGACACAGAAGGAACGGGGUUAUUCUAUGAUGUCAUGCCAGAUUGAUUUUAUCCAUUCUUCUGAGGAGUUCAGUCUAAUGCACAUGGAGUUCUUUUUCAUUUAUAAAGAAAAGUCUUGCUGCAUGCAUAGUUGAAGAGGGUAUUAUUAAAAAUGCAACUACUUUAAGCUCUUGCCCCUGUUCUUUGCCUCUGGUUGUGUUGGUGACGAUAUUACAGUGAUGUCUGCAUUCAACCUACUGCAUUUGGUGACAAAGAGCCAGCCAGUGGCCCUGCAAGCCUGUGGGCUUCCCUCAGGGUCACGUAGGGGAAAAAAGAACUAUAAAGUGACUUUUUCUCAUGAAGAACUGCGAAAGCGGCUGACACCCUUGCAGUACCAUGUUACUCAGGAGAAAGGAACUGAAAGUGCCUUUGAAGGAGAAUAUACAUAUAAUAAAGCCAUUGGAAUAUACAAAUGUGUUGUUUGUGGAAGUCCUUUAUUCAAAUCUGAAACAAAGUUUGACUCCAAUUCAGGUUGGCCGUCAUUCUAUGAUGUAAUCAACUCUGAUACAAUUACAUGUACUGAUGACUUCUCAUUUGGGAUGCACAGGGUUGAGACAAGCUGUACUCAGUGUGGUGCUCAUCUUGGCCAUAUAUUUGAUGAUGGGCCACGUCCAACUGGAAAACGAUAUUGCAUAAAUUCAGCUUCAUUAGCUUUUGAGCCUGCAGACAAGAAUCAUGCUGGAGAAGACAAUGCUAGUUCUACAUCUGCACAACCAGAUAAAAUAGAGUUGUAAUGGGAAUCUGUUGCUUAAGAUUGUUUUCCUAGAUGACAUGGAAAGAAUAAUUCUAAAUGAUUUUCUAUCUUACAUACUGUUUUUAAAAUAUACAAAGAUGUUCUGCAGUAUACAGUUUUUUCCCUGAUCAAAAUGAGACAUGCUAAUUUCUUUUCUUAUAUAACCAGACAUAACUAUUUCAUAGCUUCUGUUCUUUGAUCCCAUAACAAAAUGUCUUUUGACACUAUGGUGUUGAUUACUUGCAUUUUUCUUAUAAUAAGUCUGAAUUAUAUUCCUUCAUAUUUUUCAUUCUUUUCAUUCAGUUCACAACCAUAGUAAGAAAACCGUUUUCUAAUGAUACUUAGGUAAUUUUGUUUUGAUUUACAUGGUUACGAGCAUUCCCUUAGCAAAUAUUGGAAGUUACACAAUAAGCGCCCUCUAGCGUUUAUGAACAAGUUCCAGAACUAUGAAUAUUGUAGCACAAUGGCAGCUGUUCGCCCUUACGAACGACUGCAGAGGCUCUGCAACAUUCACCCUGCCUAUUCCCUUCCACCCCCCCAGCGCCGAAUCUUCAUAGGCACUAGCUUAUGGAUACUCACCUUGCAAAGAUUUAGAGAUUUAGAGACCCUUCGCUUUCUUGGCCUGUUUUGACGCUUCAGGCCUUCAGUGAGUACACAGAGAUUGAAGGCCUAAAGUACUGCAAGAUCACGUCAGAUCAGUAUCGUGAGAUCUCACUCUAUUGAUCUCUCAUGGUCUCAUGAUACUUUAGACCUCUGUCUCUGUUCCUGAAAACAGAGGCAUGGACAAGAUCUGCAGCAAAAGGCUUUGCAAAUCGAGGGAAGGCCUGAAACAUCGAAGCUUUCCCUCCAUUUGCAAAGACUUUUGCCAUCCUUGCAGAAAGCCUUUGCAGCCCAAAAUGGAGCUCCGGAGUUCCCUUUUGGUGCGCGCAGGCCUCAUCCAGCACUUUGCAGGCCGAAAGGGAGAUCCUUUGGGCUGUGAAGUCCUGAACAAGGCCUGCACAUGGCAAAAUGGAGUUUCAGAGGGGCAUGAGAGGCUGGAGAGGAGACAGCUUGCUAGAUCUUUGCAUAGUAAGUGACCCGGCGUGGCAGGUUGGGUGGGAGGGAAAGCAAUUGUGGGGAUCAUGAGGUAUUUCAGUGGGUCGGGGAGGCGUUGGGUGGUCUUAAGCAGAUGGCCUGUUCAAUCAUUAGGACCCCCCCCCCCCAUGGUCUUUCCCACCCUGAAAUACCUCAUGCACUUAAUGAACUGAGCAUUCGAUUAGCGAAAGGAGUGAGUGAGCAUGUUCAAGGUAUGUGAUUCACUCCCACGAAUCCUCGGGUUACAAAUGGAAUGGGCAGACUCCAUUACAUUCAUAACUAGAGGACUACCUGUAGUCAACUUACUCUGUAAUUGUUGUACCAUUCCAUAAAUGAGGCUGUAUAAUUUAGUAUAAUCAACCCAACUUUUGGCUUGGAUUUCUGCAAAAAUAUGUAACUACAUAAAUGGUAACCAUACAUCCCUGUCCUCAGUUAGAUAAAUACUAUUUUUUAAAGAAAAAUAAUAUAUUUAUAUUGGAUUGCCUAGCAAAGAUUACUCCUUUAUGUAGCAGGAGGCUUUCCCUUGGAACAGCUUAAGAUGCAGAGUAGUCACAAUAUACUUGUAAAAGUUGUGGAUGAAGACUGGUAGACCAGUUUCCUCACACUUGUAAUGAGGGUUUAAAAAUCCUCAAAAUGUAUUUUUAUCCUCAAAAAGUCAAAAGAGGACUCAUAGACUAGUCUGCAAACGUGAGGGAGAUUAUUUUUUUAUUAUUUUGUGAUCAUACAUGAAUAUAAAAACUCAGUAUUGCCUUACCAAUUAGUGGUGCCCUGGGAAAGUUAAUACCUCAUUAAAUGGUACAGAUCUUCCUGAAAUUUCCUUUACAAUGUUUAAGCCGCAGUGUGUAGAUAGGUAAGUCCUAUUGUAAGCAUCAAAUUGCUGUGCCUACGUUACCUUUUUAUUACUACUUGGGAGAUAAUCACUUAGGCUGUUUUCUGUUACUCCUUUUCAACUUCUAUAUGAAGAUCCAUUAUCCUCAGUGUCGUGUCCACUUGCAUUAGAAUAAAGAGACAAUGCUUUUUCAUAAACAAUAAAAACCAUAGCAACGAGUAGCCAUACCCAGUGAAAGAUAGUGGCCUAUGGUAAAGUAUUAGUGUGAGAUGCCUGGUUCUAUAAGAGUGAGUGAGUUUGUCUUAAAGAGGAAAUGCUGAGUAUGAAGCGUGGCACUAACCCUAACCAUUGCGUUUGCCAUAGAACCUAUCUUGGGUCUCCCAAAGUGGGGUGGGAACAUGACACUGUCCCCACUGCUGAUUAAAAAAAUAGUUAAAAGGUCAGUACAGUCAAUCUCAGUACUUGUACUGGCAAGGCAACAACAUUUUGUCCUUCAGCUGUGAUGAACAUAUAAUUUGUGAAUUACCGUAUUUUUCAGAGUAUAAGCCUUAGUUUUAAAAACCUUAGUUUUUGGGGAGGAAAAUAAGAAAAAAGUUGAUUGGCAGGUGGAUCUGCCUCCUGGAAUACCCCCAAUCAGCUGUUCCCAUAGGUGAAUUUUAGCAACAGGUUCGUUGGUUGUGAGCUCUGUGCCUUGCUUUUUUUUGCCUUUUUUCCCUGUCUCUGAAACUUCUGAAACUCUGUUUCAGAAAAAACUUUUUUUUCCUGCCUCUAACAGCCUCCGAAACAGAGCUUCAGAAAAAAAGCCUCUGAAGCUAUGUUUCUGAGGCUUUUUUUCUGAAGCUGUGUUUGGAGGCUUUUUUUCUGAAGCUGUUUGGGGGCUUUUUUUCUGAAGCUUCGUUUCUGAUGUUUUUUUCAGCCUCUGAAACGUCCGUUUGAGAAGCUUGGCGGGGCUACAUUCGGAGUAUAAAACACACCCAGAUUUUCACCCUCUUUUUUGGGGGGAAAUGGUGCGUCUUAUACUCUGAAAAGUACGGUAGUCUCAGAUUUUAGUAUAUGUAUGACAGAAAUCUCUUGCAAGGAUAUGGCUACUUUCUACUUCAUGUUACAAGGAAAUUGGUGUGAUUGCUGUGAAAAUUAACUGUCAUGCUUGAGAAUAACAGCAUUUUACAAAGUAUAACAUUAUCAUACUAUUUAAGAUAAUUUUACCAUAAUUCAUUAUCUGUAGCAAACAGAUCACCUGUAUCUGGUACACAAAUAGUUAAAAUUGCUGUCUAUUAGCCUCAUGCCUCUUAAGAGCAAAAAAAAUUGAAUUGAUAUAGGACUUAGGAAUGCAACCAUAUACAUAAGAGUUAUUUAUAGCAUUAUUCUAAGGCAGGCAUGUGAUUACUUUCUCAUUUGUUGGGUGAAUCUUUCUGCCAUUUGCCAAGAGAUUGUAUUUUUAUUAGAUGUUAGUUUUCUCCAAUCAUAUUUUCUGAAAUGAAAUCUGAUUUGUAACAUCAGCAAAAAUAUGGGGCAUUAAUUUUUGAGAUAACUUGCAAUUAAUGUUUCACUUUCAACCUAUUUCUGUCUUCUUAAAGAAAUGUAUCCGUCAGACUCUAAUAAGCAAUACUGUAAGCUUUUCAUAAGUUGAUUUAUAUUUACAGUUUAUGAAAUGCAGUGAAUUGAAUCAGUAUGGCCACAUAUAGGUGUGCUAUCAGAGCAUAACUUCAUUAAUAAACAGAAACCAUGGGUAUAGAUUGUUUUCCAUUAAUAUGUAUUAGAAAUAACGUGAGUAUAAUGUGAGUCUUACAGUACUGCAGAGCCCAAAAUAUCAUUUUUUUAUGGCUUUGCUAUAACUUGGAUAUUAUUGAGCGCAAUAUGUGACUGGGAAGUCCGUUAGUGUCUCCUGGAUAUUUUGUAUUGUGUGACUGAUAUUACUGAAUGCACAUUUCAGUCUGUAUCGAGGGUGUCAAACUCACAUUGUCACUGCAGCGUCACAUGACAUAUCAGGACUUCCCCCCUUGGCUAAACUGGGCAUGGGCGUGGCCAGGACAUGAUGCAUCCGUCCUGCGGGCCGGGAGUUUGACAGCCCUAUCUAUAUUAUAUAAGAGUUUAUACAGAUAUUGAAAGAAAAAGAAAAGGAUUAUUUUAGUAUAUUUGGAACUUGCCAUUAGAACUAGUUUUUUGCUUUUAAGAUAUUAGAUUUUAUUCAGUGAAGAUGCCUUUUAAUAUGUUUGCUGAACACAGAUAUAUAAUAUAUUUAAUUUAUAAAUAAAUAUUUCUCUCUAUA